AUGCUGAGCCGUUUGUCAGGUUUAGCAAGUACUGUCUUACAAGAGCUGUCAGGGGAGGAUGGAGAUGCAGUUACUGAACCCUCUAGUGCUGUACAAGCUUUGGAGCCAGAAGCAGAAAGCAUGGAGGAGGCACCUGAGGAUGUGUUGGAACGCUUGGCCCAGACAGAGCAGCUGGUUGUGCAGCUGAAGGAUUUGAUCCGAGAGAAGGAUGCUCAGCUCCAGCAGAAAGAAGCUGCACUCAAGGAAGAGCGAGAGGCUGCGGAUGCGAAGCUGAUGAAGCUGAAGCUUCAGGCCAAAGCCAAACUGUCGUCCCUGAACAAACGCAUCGAGGAGCUGACAGGGAAAGGAUCUCCCUUGCCCACACAGGCCUUACCAGAAGAGCAGGAGUGUCCCAAGAAUAAUGAAAAUGCACGUGAAGGGCACAGAGAGGAGUUGGAGGCACUGAAAGAGCAGCUCAGGGAGCGAGAGGAAACUGUUCAGGACCUGAAGGAGCAGCUGGCUCUAGCCAAAGCAACUCUGGAAAAUGCUGAAAUCAAGUAUGCAACACAGCUGAGCUCCCUGCAGGAAGUGAUUCAGGAGAAGGAAGCUCUGCUGGAAGAGCAGGUGCACCAGCACCAGGCUGAACUGCUCAAGGUAGCAACCCAGUCAGAGCUGGAAGUGGAGAUGCAGCAGAACCUGCGCACACUCCAGAGGAAGCUGGAGGAGCAGGAGGCAGCUCUGCUGGGACGCUCUCAGGUAUUGAACUAUUUGAGAGAUAAUUUCCAUAUCAUUUUACAGACACUCCUAGAUCAGUGCCAGAAGAUGGAAGUGGAUCUAAGCUCCAUGAGGGAUGUGCUGGAUGCAGAGCGACGAGAGUCUCGGGCUCUCAGGGAGAGGAUGGAGCUGGAAGUAGCUGAGAGGAAACUCUCGUCCCACCGUUUGCAGGACGAGGUGCAGUAUCUCUCAGAACAGCUGCAGGAGGCAAGGAGAGCACAAGCUGAACUGGAGGAGAAAUGUAAAGACCUGGAUCAGGAACACAGGCUGGAGGUGGAGGAGAAGAACAGCCCUCAGGGUGGACUUGUACAGAAGUCUGAAGAAUUCAUCUGCUCUCAGAAGGAGCUGAAAUCCCAGUCAGCAGUGCAGGUCUCUGAACUGAAGCAGCAGGUUGAAACAACUUCAGAGGGAAAAGUAACAGGUCAGGAAGAUCAGAAUGAGACUUCAUUCCUACCCACAGAACACCUGGAAAGACAGAAGACUAAAGAAAUACAUUUGCAACUUGUUCUCCAGGAUCCUCAGCAGAGUCCCCUGUUAUUGCAGGAGUCAGCUCAGGAGAGAGUGAGAACAGAAGGCAUUCCCAGUGGAAGCAUGCAGUUGACUGAGGAGAGUUGUCCACCAAGAAUUCUAGAAUACCUUGCUGCAGAGAAUCAGAAGGAGCUGUCAGUGUUGCUGCUGGAACUGCAAGAAGCCCAGGAAGAAAUAACUUUCCUGAAAAGCCAACUCAAGGGCCCCAGUGGCCAAACUUCUACAGGCAGCCAGACAGGAGAGGAGGCUAACCAGCUGGAAGAGAAUUCCCAGAUACAGUGCCUUGAGAGGGAAGAGCAAAAGGCCUCAAAGAUGCAGAGUGAGUUGAGCAGUAGCUCGUUACUGGGAGAGCCAGAAAUGCAGCAAACUGGUGUGCUUCAGGAAAGCAGUGUCAGUGUUUGUGAGCCUGAGGGGAGCCCUGACCCCUGCAGAGGGGAGGUGGAGGCAAUGCAGGGAGUCUCUACAGCAGGUACAGAGCCUGGCACCUCUCAGUCUCAAGAACUGAUAAAGUUACAAAACCAGAUUACAGAGCUGCAAACAAUUCUGCAGAAAUCAGAAGAAUCCUUCCAGAGAGAUCUAGGAGAAAAAAGUGCAGAAGUAAAUAGGCUAAACCAGUUAGCUGAGGAAUACAGGAAAAAAAUAGAGGAUUUUGACAGUGCAUUUUGUGUUCUGACUGAAGAGCGAGAUCAGCUCCUGUGUCAGGUGAAGGAACUCUCUGCCAUACCUGAACUGAGGGAGCAAGUGAAGCAGCUUGAGCAGGAUCUUGCACUUUCAGAAAAGCAGAGGCUGUCAGACAGUCAGAGCAGUCUGCUGAGAGAACAAAUCCAGAGCCUUCAAAACGAAUUUAAAUCCAAGGAUGUGAAAAUUGAAGCUUUGCAGAAAGACUUGGAUGAAGCACAACUUCAGCUUUCUGACCAGGACAUGCAACUCAAGGACCUGAGAAGCCAAAUUGAAACAAAGGAAUGUGAAGUACUUGACCUAGAACAGCUUUUGAGGAAGAAUACAGCAGAGAUGGAAGAGCUCUCCCACAAGUUAGCCUCCAAGGGGCAGGAGGCAGCGAGCCUAGAACAGCUUGUGGCUGAGCACAGCAGGUCCGUUGAGAGCCUGCAACAAGCCUUGCAGGAGAAGGACCAACAGAUGACAGAGAUCAGUGUCAGCAUGUCUGAGAAGAUGGUCCUGCUACAGGAGCAAAAGAUUCAUGUUCAAGAGGAGCUGAGGAGUCUGAAAGAGCAGGCAAGUCUGUUACUGAAAGCCCAGGAAGAAAAAGACCAAAACACAGGAGCAAAAGAUUCAUGUGUGAAAUGUGGAGCAUCUGAGCAGCAGAAUGAGGCAGAGGCAGCGAGCAAAGAAAGUGAGGAACUAGCAAAUACAGUGGAACUCCUGAGAAAGGAAAAUGAGCAAGUCAAGAGGAAGCUGCAGGCAGCACUUGUGAACAGGAAGGAGCUCCUGAAACAGGUUAGCAAACUGGAGAAUGAAUUAGUACAGCUGAGGGGAGAACAUGACUCAGAAACCUCAGUGGCUCAGGCAGCUGAAGGGGAAGAAGAUAUGAGAAGCAGGGUGAACAGAGAAGUGAAUGCUGAAAGACAGCCCAGUGAGGAGUGCCUAUUGCAGCUGCUUGCUGAGAAGGAAUCUGAAUUGCAGAGCAUACAGAAGGUCCUGCAGGAUAAAGAAACUACUGAAGCACAACUGCAGGCAGUGAUUGAGGAAAUGAGGCAAAGCUUGCAAGGUCAGACAAACAGUGUUUCCAUUAAAGAUGAAAUCUUGGAGUGUCAGACAACUGUGGACAAAGCACCUGAGACCAGGGGAAGCCUAGAAGAUUCUGGAGAAAAUGAAGAUCACAGUUCAGCAGCUACAAAUCUGGAAGAAAACCAAAAGUUUGCUCUGAAGGAGAGGAUUUCAGCCCUUGAACAAGAAAAAGAGCAACUGCAAAAAAAACUGCAGGAAGCCUUGGUGUCUCGCAAGGACACUAUAAAAAAGGCUCAAGAAAAAGACAGGCAUCACAGAGAGCAGCUGAAACAGCAGAAGGAUGAUUACAACAUCCUCCAGGAGCAAUUUGAUCAGCAAAGCAGAGAGAAGGAGAUCCUGCAAGCUCAGCUCAGACAGCUCCAAGAACAGAAAGGAUCAACAGAAAGUGUUCUUGGGCAUCAAGGUGGGUUGGAUUCUUCAUGCAUGGAAACAGAAGAUGCCACAAAUAAGCCUGUACAAGUCACAGAUGUCUCUGAGGAUGAGUUUAAGCAACACCUUGACAAACUGCAGGUGGAGAAGGAGGAAUUGGAAUGUAACAUGAGCCAUAUGCAAAGUGAACUUGCUUGCAAAUCAGAAUUAGUCCUCAAUUUGCAGCAGCACAUAGCACAGUUGUUCCUGGAGAUAGAAGGGUUGAAGAAAACCUCUGACCAAGCUGAGGCUAAGGCAGCAAGUCUUCAGGUGGAAUUAGAGGAGAGUCAAGCAAAACUUGCUGGAGAGGCCAGUGUGGAAGAUUUGAAGACACUUGUGCACCAAAAGGAUGAGGAAAUGGAGCUGCUUAACUUGCAGUUAAAGGAGAAGAAUGAAGCUCUCAGUAAUGUGCAGGCACAGCUGCUGGAAAAGGAGGAGUCAGUCCAAAGACUCUGUAAUCAGCUGGAAGCUCAGGCUCAGGUGCAUGAGGAGCAAAGCAAGAGACUGCAAACAGAGCUGCUUGAAAUCCAGGAGAAGCAAGAUGAUGAGACAGAAGCAGCUAAACAGAAGAAUCAAAUGCAAAGAAAGUUGCAAGCUGCACUUAUCUCCAGGAAGGAGGCACUAAAGGAGAGCAAAGCUCUGAAGGAGGAGUUGGCUAAUGCCAAAGCUACUAUUGACAAUCUUUCUAUCAAGGUGACAAAUAUGGAAAGCCAAAUACAUGUCCAUGUUCAAGAAACAGGUACUUUAACAGAGAAAUUAGAGUGCCUCAAGGGAGAGCGAGAAAAACUCAUUGCAGAAGUUGAUAAAGUACUUAUAGAAAACCAGAAUCUGGAUGGGUGCUGUAAAGACCUGACACUUGCUCUGGAUAGAGCUGCUCUGGAGAAGGAGAAGCUGGAGAAGGAGGUGGAAUCAUUGAAAUGCUUUCAAGCCACUGAGAGCUCUGAGUGGCAGGAGAAGCACAGGGAGCUUCAGGGGGAAUAUGAAACUCUGCUGCAGUCGUAUGAGAACGUGAGUAAUGAGGCUGAGCGGAUCCAGCGUGUGCUGGAAACUGUUAGGCAGGAAAAGCAGGAGAUUUUCAUCAAGCUGAAAAGUGCUGAAGCCAAAAAAGAGGAGGCUGAUAAGCAGCUACAGGAAGCUGGUCAGGAGAUGGAUGGAAUGAAGGAGAAAAUGAGGAAGUUUGCAAAAUCAAAGCAGCAAAAGAUCCUGGAACUGGAGGAGGAGAAUGAGAAGCUUAGAGCAGAGAUGCAUGUCACAGAUGGAGAGCUACAGAGGACUGGAGAGGCCUUUACAAGCAGUAGCCUGAAAGAAGAACUGGAGUGCUCUAGGAGGGAAUACCAGUCUCUUUCUGCUCAGCUGGAGACAGUAGUGGCUGAAAAGGAAUCUCUUAACCAAGAGCUCACAGACUUAAAGUGUCUUUUUGAAUCUAAGUUGAAAGAAAGCAGAGACCAGGUUGACAAAUAUGUUGCUCAGAAGACAACAGGGGAAGAAACAAAUCAGGCAGCUGCCACACCACCACCAGUGGAAAGGACUGAAAAUCAAGUGAACACAGCUCCUAGCCCAGAGUCUCCUGGUGUAGAGUUGGAACAAAAGGCGUCAGGAGGUGGUGGCCCUUGUGAGGAUCCUGGUGCCUACAGACAGCAGAUAGCUGAGCUCAGCCAGCGAAUCGCUGAGCUGGAGGAUAGCAGAAGAGCUUCAGAGCAGCAGCUGGAUAACAUCCACACACGUGCUGAGGCUCUAGCAGGUGAGAAAAGGGCUUUGGAACACCAGAUGGAAGAGAAAGUCCAUGAAGUGAAUGCUCUGCAGGAUACAGUAGCAAAGAUGGAGCAAACAGUCCAAAAAACCAAAGAAGACCUUGCCCGGGUGAUGGAGCUGAAGGAGGCGCUAGAGGCUGAGAAGGAUGAUUUGGAAGAGAGGCUGAUGAACCAGCUGGCAGAACUCAAUGGCAGUAUUGGUAACUAUCAGCAAGAUGCAACAGACUUCCAGAUCAAGAAUGAUCAACUGAAGCACGAGCUGCAGAGCUUGCAGAGGAUGAUGCACAAACUGGAGGAGGAGAAAAGUCAGAUGGCAAAAGAGAAAAGCCAAGUGAGUGCAGAAGGGCAAAAGGAACUUGUAGAAAAGCUGAAGUGUAGUUGGAGGGGAGAGAGCAGCACACAUGUAAAGGAGCUUCAAGAACUGCUGAAACAGAAACAGCAGGAGAUUAAGCAGCUGCAGAAGGACUGUAUCAAGAGCCAGGAAAAGAACAGUAGUUUAGAAAGAACUGUUAAAGCUCUGGAAUUUCUGCAGAGUGAGACUCGGAAGGAGGUAGAAGCAGCCAAAGAGACUUCAGCUAAAGCAGUUGAAGACACCAAGAAAGCCCAGGCAGAGCUUGCCCUCUGCAGGGUGGUGUUGGAUGACACGCAGAGCGAGGCAGCGAGGGUUCUAGCAGAGAGUGUCAAAGUGAAAGAAGAGCUGCAGGCAAAUAAAGAUAACAUCAAAAUCCAGAUGAAGAAAAAGGAUGAAGACUUUGAGAGAAGGUUGGAACAGGAGAAAGACAAGCACUCAAAGGAAAUGAAAAACAUGGAAGAAAAGCUGGCAACUCUGCAGAGGGAGAAAGACCAUAUAGAAGCAACUAUUAGUGAUCUGCAAGACUCCUUGAAGAUGAAGGAUCAAGAAGCCAAGCAGCUGGAAGGUAAUCUAAACAAAACCUUAGCCCAGCUUGCAGCCUUCACCAGGAGCAUGUCUUCCCUUCAGGAUGAUAGGGACAGAGUGAUAGACGAAUCAAAAACCUGGGAGAAGAAAUUCACUGAAACUAUUCAAAAGAAGGAGGAAGAAAUUCGUUCAAAAGAGGAAAGCUGUGUGGUGCUGAAGGACCAGAUGAAGCAGAUGAGCAUACGUGUGGAAGAACUCCAGACUCAUAUAUCCAGGCUAGAACUCAACAAGAAAGACUUGGAGUCUGACUGCAGGAAGGAGAUUCAGCACCAUCAAAAGACAUGUGAAAUACUGCAGGAGGAGAAAAAGGAGCUUUUGACUGAGCUUGAAGGGUCUCGGGAGCUGUACAGCAAGUCCCAGAAUGAACAGCAGAGACUGGAGCUGGAAAUCAGCAGCCUGAGGGACCAACUUGCUGACCUGCAGAGUUCCUUCACUGAGUGUGAGCAGGCCAGGGCAGAGCUGGAGAGUGUGGUCAAGCAACAGGAGGCCAGUAUCCAGAACUUCAAAUUCAGCUGUGAACAGCUUGAGGCUGAUCUGCAGGUGUCCAAGGACCUCACAAAUAAGCUGCAUGAAGAAACUAGUGCCAAAGAUCAGAAGAUUGUGAGUUUGCUGUCUGCCAAAGAGGAAGCAGUGGUGGCUGCUCUGUCUGAGUUACAGCAGCAGCACUCUGAAGAGAUCAGAGAGCUGGAGCAUAGGCUGAGUAAGGAGGAAGAGGAUAAAAAAGCUUUGGAAAAUGAGAAGAACAAAUUUCUUGAGAAACUUGAUCAUCUUACUGAGAAGCUGAAGAUAAGCAGAGAGGAAGGUAAACAGCAGAAGGCACAACUGGAGUCCUUCACCAAGUCCAUGUCCUCUCUGCAGGACGACCGAGAUCGCAUCCUGAGGGACUACAAGCAGCUGGAGGAACGACAUCUUGCUGUGAUCCUGGAAAAAGACCAGCUCAUACAGGAGGCUGCUGCUGAGAACAAUGAGCUCAAGGAAGAGAUGAGAAGUUUCCACAGCCGCAUGGACGACCUCAACUCUGAGAAUGCCAAGCUGAGCGCGGAGCUGGUGCGGUACAGAGAGGACCUGAACCAGGUGAUCUCAAUAAAGGACUCCCAGCAGAAGCAACUUCUCAAAACACAGCUCCAGCGGAUCCAGACUCUGGAAAACGAGAAGGCAAGUGUAGAAACACAGCUGAAGGAGUCUGAGCAUACUCAGGAUGAUCUGAGGAAGUGCAUGGAAGCCUUGAGAGAGGAUAAAGUCAAGAUGUCUCAAGAGAUUGAAACCCUUAAGUCCUCUGUGUGCCGGGUGCGGGGUGAGAUGGAGGCAUUGCGUGAGGGGAGUCCUAUUGUGGAGUGUCAGGCAGAGCUGAAGGCCCGAGAGGAAGAGGCACAAGAACUGAGUCAUAAGCUUUGCCUCUCCCAGCAAAGGAUAACAGAACUUGAGGGGGAACUGGAAUGUGUUCAAAGGGAUGCAGCCAGGAGAGUGGGAGAGGCUGAGGACAGGCUUCAGAAGGAGCUGAAGCACCUGCAUCAUGAUGCGGGGAUAAUGAGGAAUGAGACAGAGACAGCAGAAGAGAGAGUGGCAGAGCUGGCACGGGACUUGAUGGAAAUGGAACAGAAAUUGCUGGCGGUCACAGAUGAGAACAAAGAUCUCAGAGCUCAAAUUCAGUCCUUUGGGAAGUCCAUGAGCUCUCUUCAGGACAGCAGGGAUCAGGCCAAUGAAGAGCUUCAUGCCCUGAAACAGAAAUACUCUGCAGACUUAGAGGAGCAAAGGAGUCUAGUGCAGAAUCUUCAGAAACAGAUGGUUCAGCUGCAAGAGGAGCAACAUUCCACUGCCAGGGACCGAGACACGGUGAGGUCUGAGCUGGCAGAGCUGCAGAAAGCCACUGAUGAAAGAGGCCUCUUGGCCCAGAUUGAGAAACUUAAUCAGCAGCUCAGGGCCAAAGAUGAUGAGCUUCUCUGUUUGUCUGUGGAGCUGGAAGGCUCUUCCAACCAAGUCAGGUCUUUCUCCAAGGCCAUGGCAAGCCUGCAGGAUGAGCGAGACCGACUGCUGGAUCAACUGGACAAGAUGCAUAAGGUCGAAGAAGUGAAGCAACAAGCAGAGGGAAACACUUCCACCACUGCUUCAGAAGUGCAGAGCCUGAAGAAGGCACUGUCCUCCUUGCAGAAUGACAGGGACAGAGUAGUGAGAGAGCUGAAGAACCUGCAGCAGCAAUACAUCCAGGUCGGGGUGGAGUCUGCCGAGAACUCUCGCUUAAAGGCACAGCUGCAGGAGUGUCAGCAAGAGGCUGACAAACAGCUCCGCCUGCAGGAGCAGCUGAGGCAAGAAGGAGUUCUGUACCAGCAGGAGCUCCAGCAGCUCAGGCAGGAGAAAACCACGUGGGAGAAGCAGAGCAGCAGCAUGAAGGAGCAGUACCUGAUAGCCAUAGCAGAGAAGGACAAGCAGCUGAGCCAUUUACAGAGGAUCACACAGGAGAUGAUGCUGCCCUUCAGUAAGGCUCAGACCACAGAGGAGCAGCACCAAACCAAGAUCUCUCCAGAAGUCCUGAAAGGGGACUAUCCAAGCCUAGAAACAGAGAUGAAACAUCUCCAGGCCCAGCUAAGUGACAGCCUGAAAGAACUGCACCAAAAAGAGCUCAGAAUUCAGCAGCUAAACAACAAGCUCUCUCAGGUGUUUGAGGAGAAAAACGCCCUCUCCCUGCAGCUGCGCGGGACCAGCCGGAGCAUCUGCGAGAGCCACCAGCACUACAGUGAGGUCCUGAGCCGCUGCCUGGAGCUUGAGAGGCAGCUCCAGGAGCUGCAAACUGCAGACAAGGGCGUGGAGCUGUUUGCUACAGAUGCUGCUCCAGGAGCACCCCAAGAAAAGAAUGAGCCACAGAGAGGCAGUUACACACCUGAACUGCAGGAGCUGCAGCUGAGGUUGUCUGAAACAGAGCAUUUACACAGCAGCACAAAGCAGGACCUGAGGUACUUGGAGGAGCAGCUGGAGGAAGAACGGGAGCGCCGUGUUGCUGUGGAGGAGGCUCUGUCUGCGGCACAGGAGGAGGUCAGGAGGUUGCAGUCCAGUGAGUGGGCAUCUUCCCUCAGUGCCAGCAUUGACAUGACUCCCAGUCAUGAGCAGUCCUUGCUGAUCGACUCCAUGGAUAACAACUCCAGCAGAGCUCGGAACACCCUUGGACUGCGACGCAUGUUGCGUUCUCUCUUCCGUUCUCGGACCCACUUGCCUCUGUUGGUGGCCAUGUACCUCCUUGCUCUCCAUGUCCUGCUCUUCCUGUGCUUUACAGGUCACCUGUGA